GCUCCGCGAGGGAGAGUUUGCUGGAGCGCAUCCGGGGUGCGCUUCAAAAGAGAGGGGCGUUUGCAGCGACUCUGGAUCACCUCCACCUUUUUUUUAAAUUAUAAUUUGCAAGGAUAUAAGAGAGGAGCUCUGCCUUGGCUUUUCGAGGUGGGCGAAGCUACGUGGGCAGACUCGAACUCGCGACUCCACGUUGGGACUCUCCUGUUGAUCAUUUCCGGGGUUCCUGCAGAUAGAACAUCAUUUGGACCGCCUGGGCUUUUCCCUGCUUCUGUGUGAUGCCUCCCGGGGGUGGACCUUCCCUGCGCCCAUUUCCUAGCCUCCAAGACUGACACCAACUUGCCUGCCCCCUUCCCUGGGCUCAGCCGGCUGGGGGAAGAGUCCUGUUUCGCUCACCCUGUGGCACGUGGUGGGGUAAAACAACAGGGACUAGCGCCUUGGCUUUCCGCGCUGCUUCUUUUGAGGUUUCUGGUGUGGCAGAAGAACAAGACCAAGAGACUUGUUGUGGCACCGUGACAAGCAUCACCACCACGAGAUCUAUUGCGCCGGGAGAUUUCACGGCCUGCGGUCCACCGGCGAUGGCCGAAGACGUGUCCCAGCGGGCGCAGCGGUGUGGUGGCAGCGUGGGCUGAGCUUCAGCACCACCGCCACCCAAAUCGGCACGCCUCCAUGUCUGGCGCUAGAAGGAGGUGGCCCUCAUUCCCGCAGGCCAGCUCUCCCUUGAGCACCACUGUUGGGGGUUUGGUGGCCCCAUGGCAUUCGCUGGCGUGGGCUGAGCCCCCUGCUUGAAAUGACCACGUCCUCGUCCCCGCUGGCCCUCGAUGGCCUGGAUAUGGUCUACAUCGUGGUGGAGCUGGUGAUAGCUGUGCUGGCCAUCGCGGGCAACGUCCUCGUGUGCUGGGCAGUGGCGAUCAACAGCACCCUGAAAAAUGCCACCAACUACUUCCUGGUCUCCCUGGCAGUGGCCGACAUCGCCGUGGGCCUCCUCGCCAUCCCCUUCGCCAUCACCAUCAGCAUCGGCCUGCGGAUCAACUUCCAUUCUUGCCUCUUCCUGGCCAGCUUUGUCCUGGUCCUCACACAGAGCUCCAUCUUCAGCUUGCUGGCCGUGGCUGUGGACCGGUACUUGGCGAUCAAGAUCCCACUUAGAUACAAGAGCAUCGUGACGGGGAAACGGGCCCGGGUCCUCAUUGCCGUGCUCUGGAUCCUCUCCUUUGGCAUUGGGCUCACCCCACUGAUGGGCUGGAACCAGGGGGAGAACGCCACCGCCUGCGCCGAGAACUUCACGACCUUUGCCAACGGGAGCCCCGUUGAGGCGGGCCAGCGCAGGCCCUGCCAGGUGAGGUGCCUCUUUGAGAAAGUGGUGACCAUGAGCUACAUGGUCUACUUCAACUUCUUUGGCUGCGUCCUGCUUCCGCUCCUCAUCAUGCUGGGCAUCUACGCCAAGAUCUUCUUGGUGGCCUGCAAGCAGCUGCGGCAGAUGGAGCUGAUGGGCAACUCUCGCACGACGCUGCAGAAGGAGGUCAGCGCCGCCAAGUCUCUGGCCAUCAUCGUGGGCCUCUUUGCCCUGUGCUGGCUGCCCCUCCACAUCCUCAACUGCCUGACCCUCUUCCAACCGCAGCUGGCCAAGCCCACAGAGAUCAUGAACCUGGCCAUCGUCCUCUCCCACGCCAACUCGGUCGUCAACCCCAUCAUCUACGCUUACCGCAUCCAGGACUUCCGCUUCACCUUCCGGAAGAUUCUCUGGCGGUACGUCCUCUGCAAGGCCGACGACUUUCCCAAGGGCGCUAAAGGAGGCGGCGGUGGUGGUGGCGGCAGCAACCGCGACCUGGCGGUCGCCAGCAUCAUCACAUCUCCAACCUGCAUUUGAGGACUACCUUGUUUCUGGAGGUCUCGGCAGAGGCGUGUGACCCUCAAAACUCCGAGAGGAGCCUGUGACGACAACUGACCGCUCUUGGGCUUUGUUUGUACUGCUGCAGUUCGAAUCUACGGUCCAUAAUAUGCAUAUCUAUUCCUGCUGUGAGCAGGGGGUGAGAAUGGAUGGCCUCUGGAUGGCCCAUUGUUUCUAACUCUCGAAACUGUGAUGAUUUAUUUUGUGAUUUUAGUUGUGUUUGAUUUUUUUUAAAAUAAAUGUGCCUCUGAGAGGAGGAAUCCUACCAUCAA